AUGGCCGAAUACACCACCAGAAGGGCUUACACCGAAAGUAGGCAGCACUCGACCAUCGCACCUACUAACCCUUACCAUAAAGAAAAUAAUAGCAAUAAGAGCAGCGAAAGUAAUAGCAGCGCCAGUAUUUCGAUGUCUUCAAGUAACGUGGCAACGACUUGUGAUCAAGAGACCUUUAUUCCGCAGCUGCAGCCGCCACAGUUCAAAACCUCAAAGGGUGGUCCUCCGGUUCCAAACUUCGAAUACGUCUCAUACGAUAAGGUUCAGGACCUAUACGACCAGAACAAAGGAUCCCUCUACUUCAUCCCUGAAGGGUUUGAGCCAGUAUUAGUUCCGAACGAUGCAAAAGCUACAUCGGUGACCAACUUGUUGGAAAAUGCAAAGCCCGUAUCAAAUGCACCCAAUGUUUCAAGGAUGCUUCCGGAUACUGAUGUCCGUCUACCAUCGUUUGCACUUCCAUGCGGGGUUGCCGGUCCCACUCCCAAAGCCACAUCUGCGAAUUCAAAGACCAAGGUCAAGAAACCACCGAGACCACCGAAUGCAUUCAUCUUGUACCGAAGAGCCAAGCAGCCAGGAAUCGUGGCCAAGAAUCAAGGCAUCACCAAUAACGAAGUUUCCAAGGAAAUCGGCAGAAUGUGGCACGAGGAACCCCAAGACGUUAGGCUCAAAUUCCAGAAGAUGGCGGAUGCAGCUAAACAAGAACACAUGAAGAAGUACCCAGAAUACAGGUAUCGCCCUAGAAGACCACAAGAAAGGAAACGUAGGAUUCAACCACGUGAAGAUUCACCGCCAACUCAAGGUUCCACACCAACCUUGUCAUCUCAAAGUUUGCCGAUGAUUGAUACUUCAGCUUUCUUCCCAAGGCGAAUUUCAAUAUCAACUGACGGUGAAAAUUCCGAAAUCUUUACCCCAACCACCAUGGUGACCUCUCACAACUCGAACAUCCUUCAAAAUCCUCAACAUCUGUUGUACGCAAAUAACUCUCUAACGAGUUCUCCACAGCAACUCGGUUAUUUAGAUCCCACGAUGGGAAAAUAUGAAUAUGGAUCAUACAUUGAUGACCAAAAUUCAUAUGAUAACAGCCCAAUAUCAAAUGCGACUACAACAUUUGUUAACACCCCUAUGACAACAUCUGGUGGCAUGAUUGACUUCAGCGUGUUUGAUGCACCCAAUCAAACAGCGCCGGGAGAAGCCAUGGGCUACUAUGAAUAUGUAGACACGUACGAUUCGUAUGAUAACAUGGCACAUCUCGGUUUUGAUGAACAGCAAUACCAACAAAUCGUGAAAUACGACUACUAA